AUGUUCAAGGAUGAGCAGUCAGGUAUCAUCUGUGUUGACAAAGAGGUGGAGGAGGACAAGAAUAGGUGCCAGGAGGAAAUAAUUUCAAACCGUUCAGAGAGCAGCAAUCCUGUUCUGGUCCUUGAAAUCCUUCGAGCAACACACACCCACACACCAGCAUUAUUUUCUCACCUCCUCCGUAUAAAAACAAAACAGAAACGUGAGAACAGUGGGCUGGAGAUGGAGCUGCGGAAACAAGACCUCUCCCUCCGCCUCUUCCCCUCUCCUCCCCCCAGCUCCUCCUCCCCCCUUUUCAGCAGGAGCUGCAGCCGGAUCGGGACUCUAUUCCUACAGUUCACGGCUCUCUGGCGGAGUGUGGAUCCCCCUGAAAAACUUCAAGUAAAACAGGAGCUGGGAGCACACACACGAGAAGAUAUAUUAAGAAAGCAGUGUUUGGAGAUCUUUGAAAACACAAACCAAAACGCCAGCCCCGAAGCCCCAACCCCUUGGCUAGCUCUUAUGGGAAUGAAACACUCCUCCCGCUGCCUGCUCCUAAGGAGGAAAAUGGCGGAGAACGCUGCCGACAGCACCGAGGUGAGUGAGGAUGCGAGCGGAGCCGGCGCCGCGCUCCCCCCGCCCCGAGCGCGAUCCCUCGGCAGCAGCAGCGGGAAGUGCAGAACAACUUUCCCGGCCCCUCCGGACACCUCCUGCCUGCCGUGCUGCCAUGGAAUCCGGCAUUUGCCCCCCCCGCUCUCUCCCCCCCCCCAACCCCUUGGCUAG